UCAUGGUAACCAUAAGGCAUAGUUUGUUGUGAAUUUAUAUUUGUUGAUCAUGACUUAAGAUAAUAUCUUAAAUCAUGGUUAUGACUCAUGUCAUAUUAAACUGAAAAUUGAAUAAGUUUAUUGUUUAUUUGGUAAUGGUUAUACUGUUAUUUGUGUCCAAUAUUAUUUUGCGGUGCUUGCAGUGGUAUUAAGAAAUCGAGCUUUUAAAAAGUUUUUUUUAUUGUUUAGUAAAAAAGGUAUUAACCACGAAGUAAAAUGAAUCGUAUAUUCGGGAAAUCCAAAGAAAAGGCGCCUCCUCCGGAUAUGACCGCAGUUAUAAAAGGAGUAGAUGAUCGGGCCGAAUCAGUAGAACAAAAAAUUAAUAGACUUGACAAAGAGUUAAAAAAACUGAAAGAUCAAAUGGCCAAGAUGAGAGAAGGUCCAGCUAAGAAUUCAUUGAAACAAAAAGCGUUAAGAGUCUUGAAGCAAAGAAAACAAUAUGAAAGUCAGUCUGAAAGCUUAAGGAAUCAAUCUUUCAAUAUGGAACAAGCUUCUUAUGCCGUUCAGUCAUUGAAGGACACCCAAUCAACAGUAGUUGCAAUGAAAACCGGCAUGAAACAAAUGAAAAAAGAAUUUAAGAACAUUAAUAUAGAUGAUAUUGAGGAUCUUCAAGAUGAAAUGGCUGAUAUGUUGGAUCAAUCAAAUGAAGUACAAGAAGCAUUGGGACGAACAUAUGGAGUACCAGAUAUUGAUGAAGACGAACUAAAUGCAGAGCUUGAAGCAAUUGGCGAUGAAUUAGCUUUAGAUGAUGAUACAUCUUAUCUAGACCAAGUGAAUGUUCCAGACAAAGAACCUGGGCAAAAAGAGAAGGAGCCUAGUAAACCUGGUGAAAUUUCUGUAGAUGAAUUUGGUUUACCCAAAAUACCGGCGCAAAUUUAAUUUUGAAAAUAAUAAAUUGCAAAAUAUGGUAUUAACGUUACUUUUACCAUUAUUUUUUUAAGACUUAAAUAAGUAUUAAAAUACCAUUUAUUAUAUUAUACUAUGGAUUAAUUAAAUUUGUAACUACAAGUUGUCAAAAAUUAAUUUUUAAGCAAAUUUUUAUUUAUAUUCUAGUUACAUAAUUACUUAUUUAUGAAAAAAAAUGUAUUGAUUCUUUUACACCAAUUACAGCAACCCUAUGUCAAGUAAUAAAAUAAAAUUGAAUUGAUAACUAUAAGCUCAA